AUGGUCGCCGACCCGUCGACCGCGCAGGUUGGCUCGUCGCCCUUCACCACCGUCAGGGAGGGCUACGUGUGGCGGGGCAGCGACGUGGUCGACAACAUCGUGAACAAGCGCUACGCGAAACUCCUCUCCGAUGUCCUGGUCACUUUCCGCAGGGAGACGGACACCGAGCCCACCAAGGCGUGGCCGCUGUAUCGGGCCUGCGACCUGACGUCCAUCGAGAAGAGGGAGCUCAUGUUCUGCAAGAAGGGGUACAACAACGUGGUGGCGUGGCUCGGCGGCAAGUUCGAGAGGAUGGACGGGUUCGCGUUCACCGUGACGUGGCUGAAGCCGACGAUGAUGAAGGACACGAAAUUGCUGCUGGGGUUCGACAACGAGCGCGACGCGAUCGCCUGGCACGCGGCGCUCACCAGCGUCGUGGAGAGGCUGGGUCCGGAGGUCGCGGGUCUGCCGGAGCAGGAGGCGGUCGCCUGGAGGACCACGGCGCCGGAGGAGGACCUCGCGGUGCACCAGCCAAGGCGACACGCGCCGCGAGAGGACUCCGUCAAGGGACUUUAUGAGCAAGUAGAAGUCGGCACGGCAACAGAAGAACUUGAAGGGUUUGAUUCGGUGGGCAGCAUAGAUACCUGUGAGCCAGCGGUGUUUCCAUCAGGAAGUUGGAGUGCCCUCAAAUUUUCGAAUGGGACAUCUGUCUUCCAUGAAGAUGAUGAAACAGGAGGGGCAUACAUGGUGUCCUGUGUUGUGCGUGCCCCACCCAAAGCCUGCCUGGAGGCUUUGGGAUCUGGCAGUUUCCUCAUCUCAGGCUCUGAUAGAGAGGUGCUGAAGAGCGAUGGUGACUUGGAGGUGUUUCGCCUCAAGAUACAUCCCUCGGGCUUUGCUUCUUGGUUUCUUGCAACUCGGGAGCUGACAAUUGAGCGCACCUGGCGUGAAGAAGAAGAUGGAACAUUUGUUGUUCUGUUCAAGACCACAGAAGACUUUGCAAAUGAGGCAGAAAGUAGUCAGAUAGGCAUCUAUGACUGGUGGUCCAAACCUGUCAAGGCUCACAUUCCGGCAGCAGGGUUUACCAUAAGUCCGCUGCGCGAUGAGUUUCUGAGUGGCUCAGGGCCAUCACCUGAGUCACUGGUAACAUUGGUGCUGAAGAUUGAUCUGGGUGGAGUCUGUCAUGCAGCAAGCCUCUUGAAACCAUUGGUAGAUAUGUUUGGCAUCACACAAAGAUGGGUGGAGCAGCUUCUGAUGACUGUUGUUGUGCUACGGGAUUCUGUGGAGCAGAGCAAGUUUACUGUGUCUUUGUCAGCCUCGAGUUCAACACGUUGGGGACCCAAACUGUCACGGUCGACAACAGGGCUGCUUGGCUGGGGGAGUGAGCACAAGAAAGAGGAAGGGGAGACUCUGGUGGGAAAUGAUUCUGCCACAGACACAGCGCCGAUCGAUAAUUUCAAGCCCUCAGAUGGAGUGCUGAGUAGGACAUAUUGGUCCAAUCCUGGACCGUCGACCUUCCGUGUUCGUGGGCCUGACUACCUCCAGGACAGAAAAAAGAUUCCUGCAGGAGAUCCAAAGUUCGAGCUGGAUUGGGUGUAUUUGGUGAAGCUCGACAAACCAACCAAGGACAUUGCGAGGUUCCUGCCAGCUGCGAG